CAUCAGGUUACGGUACAGCCGUUUAGCUCGAGGAGAGGAGCAAAGCGGGGGACGUCGGGUUCCACGCAGUGAACGAGAGAGAGAGACAGAGGAGGGAGAGAGAGCAAGUCCUGACCCUUGGUAGACUAGACCACUUCUAACUGUGCGUCCCUAGUCUACUAGCCUACUGCACAAUAAAUAACUAGACUCGGGGACAAAGAGGACAUAGCUACUGCCCGGCCUACUGCUGCAUGGUGGGAAUCCGGGCAGUGUGUUGAAGAAUGCAGGCUCUAGCUCAAUCGGACCUCUCACAUGUUCUAGGACGAAUAGAGAAUAGGAGAGGAGAGGGGGAGCGCAUGAGGGGAAAGGAAAUAUUUACUACAUUAACUGACCGCAGUUUCCCUGCUCUGGAGAAGGGAGGGCCGAGGAGAAGAGACGGAUAAAGUGUGUUCUGACGGGAGUGCUGCUGAUGGAGUUCUAACUGAUGAUUGCGUGUUGUCAUCUAUUCUAUGAAAGAGAGUGACAGGUACAGAGAGCGUUGCUUGGAGAUAUUAUUUACCUGACAAAGACAUCGGCCGAUAGGCUACGCUUCUGAAGGCAGAAAUAGCCUAGCCUGCAGAGAAACCUCGGUAUAGGUUACCUGAUCUAACGAGGAACCGGAUCGGUGUGACAUUAGGGACAAAGACGAGAAUAAAGAACUUCCCCCGUUUCUCAACUGCAGGUCAACCGGAUCACAUCCCGCCUUGAACCUCUUAAAACCGUAAUUUAGUGCCAACGGCUGUUGACACGAGCGCUUUGCGGACAGCGGAGGUUUAAACGGGGAUCUGAAGACACACCGGACAGAGAGACAUGUAUCUAACAUCGACCUCACAUGCACCCGACUGACAAACACACGAGCCACAGAAGAAAGCGGUAGAUAGCGUCUGCUGCCCUGCCACGCGCACUGCGGCUCCGACGCUCGGCUCACUCUAUCUCCCGGUUGUGAGAAUGGCAGGGGUCGCGUGCUGGAAGUGUUACCUCUGGAUCUUUAUUGUCGUAUUUAGGUCGACGUUACCUUCUGACGCCAAAUCACUGAAAACUAUUAUCUGGAGCACUCAGAAUGCCAAGUUCCUGUCAGGUAGAGGGGUGGUCAUCUACCCAGAUAUCGGGGACAAGCUAGACAUUAUCUGCCCCAAGGCUGAGCCAGGACGGGACUAUGAGUUCUAUAAGCUGUACCUGGUCAGGAGGGAGCAGGCGGAGGGGUGCAGCACGGUCAUGGACCCCAAUGUACUGGUCAACUGUAACAAGCCAGAGAAGGACAUCAAGUUCACCAUCAAGUUCCAGGAGUUUAGUCCCAACUAUAUGGGCCUGGAGUUUAGGAAGAAUAUGAAUUACUACAUCACAUCCACGUCCAAUGGUUCAGUCGAAGGCCUGGAGAACAGAGAGGGAGGAGUCUGUAAGACCAGGGCCAUGAAAGUGGUCAUGAAGGUCGGACAAGACCCCAACACUGUUCUACCAGACCCUGUAUUACCAGAGGAACCAGAGAGAGAGAAGGACAACAGUCUGGGAGGAGACUCCAGUCCUAGCCCUGAGGACAACCAGCUGCCUGGAGCAGGAGAGCCAGGCAACACUGACUCUAUAAACCAGGACAACAGGUCAGGAGGCUCCAACAGCAGUGAUGGCAUCCUGGGGUCAAAGGUCGCUGUGUUCUCAGCCAUCGGAGCUGGCUGCAUCAUCUUCCUCCUCUUCAUCCUCUUUCUCGUCAUCCUGCUCAUCAAGAUGAGGAAGAGAGCCCGGAAGCACUCUCACGCCCAGCCCCACCCUUCCGCCCUGUCACUCAGCACGCUGUCCAAUCAGAACAAGCUGCCUGGCAGUGGGGGCACAGCCGGGACGGAAUCCAGUGACAUCAUCAUCCCGCUGCGGACGGAGAAUAACUACUGCCCUCACUACGAGAAGGUGAGCGGUGACUAUGGACAUCCUGUUUAUAUCGUACAGGAGAUGCCUCCACAGAGCCCAGCAAACAUCUACUACAAAGUCUGAGAGAGGAGGAGAGAACAUCUACUACAAAGUCUGAGAGAGGAGGAGAGAACAUCUACUACAAAGUCUGAGAGAGGAGGAGAGAACAUCUACUACAAAGUCUGAGAGAGGAGGAGACAUAAGUGUCCUCUAAAGGAGAAAAGCAAGUGAACAUCUACAAUGUCUUAGAGGAGAGGAGCGAUUGAACAUCCACUACAGUGUGAGUUGAAGAGAGUAGAGGGAGCGAUUGAUUACUCUACUACUGGACUAAUGUUUUAUUUUAAUUUGGGGACUUGGCAUUUAACAAGCCCAUGUUGUUCUACCACCUACUGACCUGAGGAAAGGACACCUGACAGUGGACCAUGGACUGAUCGAGAAAAACUGAACAGAAAGAAACUGUCCAGUAUAUCUCGUCUUGUUGUUUGGCUCUGUAGAGUUGAUGUGAUAUUUUACCCUCUAUCCUCCUGUCUUCCUCCUGUCCUCUCUCCUCCUGUUCUCUCCUCCUGUCCUCUAUCCUCCUGUC